CGUGCUUUUGUUGGAGCAAGGCAUAUGUGGGACUCGCGAAUUUUCCACUAAAGAUGAGGUAAGCACAUCGGGUACGUUUUGGGCAAAACGCUACUACCAAUUGGGCCGAACGUGACCACCCGCCCCCGGAUAUGCCCCAAGUGUUCUCUACUGCGGGGCCUUAGUCGCCGCGGGUGAGAAACUUAAUCGAACACCUUAAGCGCGCCAGCCCAACCAGGCGACGAGAAGCAUUGAUGGCUUCGUCUGCGAGGGCUUUCGGUGCAGUCCUCUGCAGAGUCUCACUGUCACAGGGCCUCUCUUCCCUCAGGAGCUCACUGUGCCUUCAGGGAAUCGGCUUGCUGGGCUCGAGGUUGCCUUCUGCUCUUCCGAAGGAGGCGCGUAAUACCCAGACCGUGCGAAAGAUAUGGACCUCGCGCCCUGUUUGCAUGGGCAGGCGUUCUUGCAAGAUCGCUGGAAGAAAGGAUGCACAGAAUCUGAAGAAAAUGAAACGUAAUAGCAAAAUUGGAAAAGAAAUUGUUGCUGCUAUACAGAGAGGAGGUCCAAAUCCUAAUUCGAAUACAGUUUUAGCUGCUAUACUAGACAAAGCUAGGGAGCUUGAUGUACCCAAGGAAAUUGUGGAGCGUAACAUAAAAAAAGCAUCGGAAAAGGGACAAGAGGCUUAUAUUGAGAAAUUCUACGAGGUAUAUGGUUUUGGUGGGGUCGGUAUGGUUGUUGAGGUCCUAACAGAUAAAGUGACAAGAUCAGUGGCUGCCGUCAGAGGAGUCGUAAAGGACUGUGGAGCAAAGCUAGCUGAUCCAGGAUCUAUUUUAUUCAAGUUUAGGCGAGUUCGAGUUGUCAAUAUAAAGGCUAAUGCUGCUGACAAAGACCAGCUGCUUAGUAUUGCUCUGGAUGCUGGUGCUGAAGAUGUUAUAGAACCAGCAGAGGAUGAAGAUGAUUUGGAAGAAGAUCGUCCUGAUAGAUAUUACAAGAUCAUUACUUCUUCAGAAAAUUAUUCCACAAUACUAUCAAAACUACGAGAUGAUGGAGUAGCGUUUGAACCAGAUAAUGGUUUUGAGCUACUGCCACAUAACCCCAUUGAGGUAGAUGAUGAAGCCAUGGAGUUAAACAAGGACCUUAUGUCCAAGUUGCUUGAACUUGAUGAUGUUGAUGCUGUUUAUUCGGAUCAAAAGGAUACGUGAUUGUUUUGCAGUCAGAAAUCUUCCUGGCAUCCAGAGGUUUCAAAAAUAUGAUAGAGAGAACUACGACAGAUCUUGAUUUAGUUAUAUUACCAGGUGAUCAUCAUUAUAAGGAAGAAGUUUCAUGUCCCAUCACUUGCAGAGAGAUGAAUUUUUCUUCAACAUUAUUAAGGUUUCCAUCUGAACCGUUGUGUCAAACACAACUAAUUUUAGACUCGGCAAGAAGCGACCUCUAUUCCUUUUCCCAAAUUUGUUGCAACCACAAAAAUAGAAGGUUGGCACUCUCUUCCCAAUAAUCAUGAUUUCGUAUAUUAGUUAAAAAAACACUUGCCUAGAUCGUGUUGGAUUGUUUGUAUUUGGAUUUUUUUUUUUUCUGUUGAUAUGUACCUUGUUACAGAGGUUCGUUCCCUAGUCUUAUAAGAGCAUCAGAAGAUGCUAAUUAGAGCCA